AUGUUCGACCAAUUGGUGCUGGGAGCCGUUUUUGCCGGCCUCAGCAGCAUUGGCAUCUGGCAUUCCAUUCCGUUGACCGGAGUCACUCCUUCUAACUCUUUCUUCUGGCGGAGUCUCAGCUCUUUCGAAAUUGCGUAUACCAUUCACAGCUUGCGCAAAGUUCACCCUCUAGUCUUCCCCGAUCACGACGCAAUCUCACAAUACGAUCUCCUUCUGCAACUUUCACUCGAUGCUCAACAGUACGAGAAUGCCAGGCUGGCCCUGCAAAACUCGGCUGAGGCAGUAUCACUACACAUCGACAACCGGGGAGUCACAACGACAAUGUUAGACCUAAGUGCCAAAGCGAUGCCCGCCCCGUUCUAUUUGAACAGCAGCUCGGCAACGGAGCUCAGCUACCAACUGCAGCAGUCCAACUCAGCCCAGAGUAACACGCUGUAUUUCACUGUCAUGGCGAUUCUCAUUCUUAUUAUUCUCGGAAUACAGAUAAUGGGCUUUGGGAUUACGGGUAACAUCAAGCAGCACGUCGAGGACCUGCAAUACGAUUACAUUAACCAAAUGAGCGGCAUACAACAACAAUUCGGUUUCUUGAUGUCAGAGAUCCGAGACUUUCGACGAGAAAAUGAACAAAUACGGCCUGUUUUCGUUCAUCUGGCAGAAUCCAUCACAAACUGCUCGGCCGAUCUCCAACAUUGUAUGUUGCAUCUUGUUGGUCUGAUGGAAAGCAAAUACACGUCCGGGAUGAUCGACAUUGAGUCCAAAUUGGAUGAGGUUAGUAAACAACACCAAAAUCUGAUGAGAAAUACUGAAAGUUUCCCUCAGAUUCCGAGACAGUUGGCUUGGCUUAACAUAUUGAUGGCGAAGAACAUGUCCAGCGACCUACCUGAAGGAUUGGACCCGCCCGAUUUGGAUUUUAGCAAGAGCCCUACCCCUGAGCAGAUGGAUGGAGGUUACAAUCGCAACAUCGCAGGAAAUCCUAACGAAAUCCCCAGAUUCAAGGGAAGCCCGGGGUUUAAGAAGGGAAAAGGAGUUCAGCGCAAUGGUCAGGACCAGGGCAUGUGA